GAAAAUAAAGACAAUAAUAGUGUUAAUAAUAAUAAUUAUUAUAACCAACAACAACAGCAAACAUCAUUAAAUGCUAUGGCAUCAUCCGGUGAUUCAAUGUCAAUGACAAGUUCUUUUAGUCAUUCUCAUUUAGAAACAGAUACAACUUAUUCUCAUGAUCUUCUAACAGGUGGAAUAAGUCGAACUUCAUCUCCCGCUCCAUAUCAAUUACAAGAAAAUGAUACAUCAUCACGUCAAGUUCAAUUCCCAAUAGCGGAAAAUAACAUUAAUAAAUCUUCCCCUCAACAACAAGAACUUUCACAGACAGUAUACAAACCUCCAACUGAACCUCCACCUUCAGUUCCUCCUUAUUUGUCUCCACCUCUAACUAAUUAUGAACCACCAAAAUAUACUCCUUCAGCUGAUCAAUUCCGUUCCAAAAAUAAUUCGGACAUUAUACUUGAAGCUGGUAUUUCAAAUUAUAAUAGCAAUAUUGCUGAGGAAAUAAAAGCAUCUUUACAAUCUGAUCAAUCAAUUAGGAAGGCCUUUGUGAGAAAAGUAUACCUUCUUCUUACAUUUCAAUUGCUACUUACAAUAACGCUAACCGUAUUCUUUAUGUAUUGUGAGCCAGUGAAAAGAUUUGUUGCUGAAUAUCAGUGGUUAUUCUUUGUAUCAUGGAUUAUGACAUUUGUUUCAUUAUUAGUCUUAUUUUGGCAACGAAAGAGAAGUCCUUUAAAUUUAUUUUUAUUAUUAUUAUUCACUAUAUUUAUGUCAUAUGGUAUCGGUACAGUAGUGUCUAUGUAUUCAUCCAAAGUUGUAUUGCAAGCAUUCUUAAUAACAUUGGGAGUAUUUAUAGCAUUGGAAGUAUUCACAUUUCAGUCAAAAUAUGAUUUUUCAUCGUGGGGUCCAUUUUUAUAUGUUGCAUUAUGGAUUGUAAUAUUUGCUUCAGUAAUUGGAUGGUUAUUUCCUUACGAUAAAGGAUAUCAUAUUGCUAUAAGUGUUUUUAGUGCCUUGUUAUUUAGUGCUUAUAUCAUUUAUGAUACCUAUAUGAUAUUAAAGAGAGUCAGUCCUGAGGAAUAUAUAUUAGCAACUGUAGAUUUAUAUCUUGAUGUAGUUAAUUUAUUUGUGGCAAUUGUAGCAAUUAUAGGUGGAGGUGAUCGAUAGCAUUAAUUGAUUCGUAUUUGUUUUUGUUUUUUUGUGCAUGGGUAGAAAAUCUAUUUAUAUUUUGUACCUUUUAUGCACCAUUACCUAUUUUUAAUUUCUCAAUUCAUUUUUAUUCGAUUUUUUUCUUUUUUUUUUUU